AACAGAUGUUCGUCGAAGCCACUAAUAGGUACAAAAAAUGGUACAAGAAGUAUGGUAUGACACGUGUGCAGAACCCUUCUCACAUUGUGCCCACGACAGGCUACACCCCGACAGCACACCAGUGGGGUAUUGUGCAACAAGGCAUUUACGAGUUGUAUCAGCUCAGCAUCAACGACGCCAGUAAUGACGACAUUCAAAAACGAAUACGGAAACUGGCCGUGGACGCAGGUGAUGAAGACAUGAUCCACCGGGGCAUGUUCCAUUAUGAAGAUGAAGGUGGAAGUCACGAAGAGGAUGAUGCACAUGAACAUGAAGGUGGUCGUGAGGAGUCAUCAUCGCAUGGUGUGUCAUUUGAUCAACCACCACCUCAAUUCUCAACGCAUCAAUCCCUCACAUUCAAUCAACCACCGCCGUAUUAUGAAUCUUAUCAGUUCACUAGGCAACCCGAUGAUUUUGUUGACUCAUUUCUGAGUUCGUCAUAUUUGUAUGGAGACCCAACGGUGCCUUGGAACAGUGGCGGUGGAGACGGAGCAGGGCCGAGCACACAACAUUAGCUGUAGUAUUAUAUUUAAUGUUAUAUGUACUCUCUAUUCAUUAAUGAAUUACAUUGAAAAGUACAUUCUUUUUGUUCACUUCCUUUAAAAUUACUAAAAUUGCC